AUGUUCGAAAACUUCUCAUUCCCGUCACCGUCUUCCACGGCUGAAGGGGACGACCGACUGAUGCUCGACUGCGAUAGCACGACAAUAUCUCCGCUUUCUUCACGGUGUCCCUCACCCUCAUCAUUUUUACCAAGAAGAUCGCGUCCGCUAUCACGUCCCCGUUCCCCGUUUCAUCGUCGUCCGCAACAACCUCCCACCUCUAUGCCGAGCAACUACGAGCAGUUUCAGCGCCGAAUUUCCGUUAGCACGCUGACGGAAAAGCUGAAUGCCCAUACUUUGGAUCAGAAUACCACUCCAGGGUUAUCGCACGCUCCCCAUGAGUCACCAGUUUCACCAAUCUCUCCGACCUCGUUUUCAUUCUCUGUGACCAAAGAUUCCGGCUCUUCCCGUGGCAGUGUACGGACGCUUUUGACCCCACCAGGCGAAUAUGACGAUGAAGGAUACGACGAUCUGUUGACUUCUGGCUGGGAACCGUAUCACAAUGCGCAGUCUCCAACAUCUAUACCUCUCGACAGCGAUGGAUUUCUGGACGUGCCCCAGCAGCGUUUCCCGCGUGAGCAAAGCUUGCGUUCCCAACGCCAGCAAAUGUCUCGAGCGCAGUGCAAUGUCGACGUUCUCAAGCUUGCUCUGCUAGCUGAAAACUUCAGCAGUCGGACCUCCGAGUCAGUGGGCCUCAGUGAUGACGAAUGCCAUCCUAGUUCUUUACCACCAGAUACUUCCCCGCCAAGCCUCCGACGACCGUCCAUCAAACCUCGAUGCGGAAGUGGCGCUUCUGUAGCUGGAAAUCUGCGCUAUCGCUCACGGACGUCGUUAAAUCCUGAGAUGGUCCGGCGACGUAGCACUUCUUCAGCGGCGACAUUCGCCUCUUCGACGCGAAUUGCAAAACCCCGUGCUCGCGAAUUACUUUCGAAGAAGAGCGAGCAGACAUUAAGACGGAAGAGUCUGGUUUGCGCAACGAUAGCAUCGGCCAUGGAGAAAAAGAAAUUCAUUUUGGUCAUUUCAGUCCCUGCGUCUCUCUAUAAGCUCAAAAUCAUCCUAGAAUGCAUCCAUCAUGCCUGCCAACUUCGAAGUCAUCACAGUUUCCAACAUACAGAGACUGGAUACCCAAAUACAUGGGAGUGCAGUCCGUCACUUUCGUCAAUCGUAAAAAUUGAUUAG